AAGCUAAUCAGAUUAAAAGAAAAAGAAGACGAAGCCCAAUUGACGAUUUAUUUCUAGGCUUUUUUUGGCAGCCUCCGACUUUGGUAUGGUAGCGAGAGAUUGUGGGCAGAGGAAAUGGCGAUGAUGCAGUGGUGCUGUUCGGUAGCUAGGAGAGUGACGGUGAAGCAGUGGCCGCCUCUAACACAGGCUUCUCCGACUGGAGUAAUGGAGGCGGCAGCUCCGAUCCUUUGCGGAAGGGGUGACAAAAAAACGAAGAGAGGGAAGAGAUUCAAAGGAUCGUACGGGAACGCCAGACCCAAGAAGGAGAAGAUGAUCGAACGCAUCAAAGACAAGGUCGAAGUUCCCAGGUCCACCCCUUGGCCUCUCCCCUUCAAGCUCAUCUAAAACAAAUUAAUUAUCUUUUCUCUCUUUCGUAUUAGCUGUAGUAAUAAAUCUAAAUUUUGCACAAUUUUUUCUGGAUUUUUUGUUUGUUACUUUACUUCAUAUUUGUGGGGUUUGAGUUUUAGGCAUGUUCUCUUUUUUCUCUGGAAACUGUUGCUACGUAAUUAGUAUUUCGACAGCUUGUUAAA